AAAAAAUUCAUUUGGUAAAUACUUCAGUGUGAUGUAGAAAUCUUAAUUUUUUCUAUGGUUCUCUAUUUUCUGCAUUUUAGUCAAAAUACUUCCUACCAGAUUGCAAGAAACUUGUGAAAAAUAUUCCAUUGUCAAAGGAAACGGCACUGAAAGUGAUCUGCCACCCGUGAAAAUGGCAAAAAACAAAAGACAAGCUGACCCUGUCGUAGACAAUGACGGAUCUACGACGGAGUCCUGCGAUGAAAAGCAGAUAAAUUGCAAUCAGAGUGGAUCUGUUCCAUCGUGUCCGCAUGCAGCCAAAUCUGUGGAUCAGAAUCGUCUGCGGAAGCUCCUGAAGGCCAAUGGUCUGGACAUGGAGGAUUGCAGUGAAUGCAGCAAAGGAUCCACUGGUAAUUCCACUGCCGAAGGAGGAGACUUUGAGUACGACAGGUCUUUGUGGAUGUGCCUCAAGUGUGGCAGUCAUCUGUGUGGUCGAUCGCGCAAUCAGCACGCCCUCAAGCACUACAUGACGCCACGAUCUGACCAGCAUGCCGUCGUUGUCAACACCACCACCUUCGAUGUCUGGUGCUACCUCUGUGACAACGAAGUCAAUCCAUCCUGCCCCAAGAAACUCUUCGACUGCAUCGACUUCCUCAAGAAGGAGACGGCCAAGGCUCAAACGGCCAAAGUCAACAGCAUUGAGGAUAAGAUUAACGCUACCCUGGACACAAUUAGGCCCCUGUUCAGUGAUUCUGCCGAUAAUGCAUCAGCCCCAGCCAAAGCAUCCUCCCAAAACACUGUACAGUCCUCCUCUGUCAAUCGCAGCUGCAACGUCAAUGACCUUCCGCGUGUCCGUGGCCUCACGAAUCUUGGCAACACGUGCUUCUUCAAUGCCGUUCUGCAGUGUCUGGCCCAGACGCCCUACUUGGCCGAAAUACUCAAGGAAUCAGCAGAGCCUGGAGAACAAUUUCAACUUCCUGGCGGCUUACUGAAGCUGACAGACGGAACUGAGGUGAACCUACCUCCAAUUACGGGCACUCUCAAUGCUUGGGGCAAUCUCACGUCCACUCUGGCUGAAACCAUUGAUGAACUGAGGAGCGGAGGUGGAGUGUGCACUCCACGGAAACUCCUCAGUCAACUCAUUGCCAAGUGGCCGCAAUUCUCAGGCGGCGAUCAGCAUGAUUCGCAUGAGUUGCUGAGGCAUCUGCUUGAGAGUGUUCGUAGUGAGGAUUUGCGUCGCUAUCAAACUGUCAUCCUGCACUCCCUCGGCUACAGCAGCAAAGUCGAUCCGCAAACCGUUGAGGGAGAUAUGAAGCAGAAGAUUAAGUUCUACGGGCAGCAAGCGGCUGAUCGUAUUCUAAAGCCCGAACGUGUCUUCCGGGGCUUUCUUGUGUCCACUCUCAUGUGCCAAGAAUGCUAUCAUACCUCAUCGCGCCAUGAGUACUUCCUGGACAUUUCCCUGCCCGUGAGCAUGGAGAAGCCUCAGCCGCCGAUUCGGCGGAAGAACAGCCCGGAACCGGAAAAGGUACCAACCGUGUCUAAAUAUCGGGCCAAGAAGGAACGCGAGAAGGAGCAAAAGGCUAAGCGGCAGAAGAGGAAGAAGGCUCAAGCUAAUGCAGUGGCAGGAGAUGCUUCAGCUGCUGCGGAUUCAGCAACAAAUGCAGUGAAUGAUGAUUCAAAUGCCGAGUCGUCUUCUAAUGAACAAUCGGACGCCGAUGUCGAGGACAAUUGCCUGGAGGACGUACCGAAAGUAUCGAAGGAUUCAACGACACGCAAUCAAUCGGUUUAUGACUCAAAUGGCAAUGACACGGCCAAGAGUCCGGUGAAUCCGGAGAAGAUGGACGAUGCUCCGGAGAAUCCCAACAAAGAUGAACCGGAGGAGGAUGUGACGCGGAGUGUUUUGGUGGAGGUGGGAAUAAGUGAAGAUGGGGCAAAUAGUUUAGUGAGACAGAAUAGUAGUAAGACACGAACAAGUGGACUUGAGGGAGAGAUGGAGGGUUUGUCGUUGAAUGCUAAAUGGAAGGGUGGUAAUGGGGAUGCGGAGGACGAAGAGGAGGAAGAGGGCGUUGAUGCUGAUGGGGAGGAGGAGAGUGUAUCGCUGAGGCGAAAGCAGACGCGGACAAGGACAAUCAGUCAUGCAGAUUGGAAUACGACACUGGCCAUGAGGUAUCAGUGUGAAGAUGGUGAAUGUUCGGUGCAAUCGUGCUUGAAUAACUUCACAGCACUUGAGUUGAUGACGGGCAAUAACAAAGUAGGCUGCGAUGCAUGUACUGAGCGUCUCAAUGGGAAGGGUGGGAAGACCAUCAAUACCAAUGCCACAAAGCAAUUUCUCAUCUCUAGUCCACCGGCCGUCCUUAUACUCCAUCUCAAACGCUUCCAGAUUGGUCCGCGAUUUAUGUCACGUAAACUCUGCAAACCCGUCACCUUUCCCACAAUCCUCGACAUUGCUCCCUUUUGUGGGUCCAAGGUGAAGAAUCUGCCGAAUGUUGAUAGGAAGCAGAAGAAGUUGCUGUAUUCGCUCUACGGGAUUGUUGAGCAUUCGGGUGGAAUGAGAGCUGGCCACUAUAUUGCCUAUGUCAAAGUGCGACCACAGAUGACGCUGGAUGAUCAACGCUGGAAAUUUCCGCCGCAGGGUAGCAAGGCAGAGUUGGAUCAGGAGGAUGAGGAACGGAUGAGAUUGGAGGAAUCGCUGGAAAAGAGUAAAUUUGGCCUGGAGAAUGACAGCGAUGAUUCGUCCUCAACGUCAGCGGACACGGGAAUUGGGGAGGAGGAGGGAGCAGUGGGCGGGAGUGAGGAGCCAGAUGUGGAGCCACCACCAGGAAAGUGGUACUAUGUGUCGGACAGUCGAGUGCAGGAAGUAUCGGAGGAUGUUGCCCUUAAGUCCCAAGCCUAUUUAUUAUUCUAUGAACGCAUCUACUAACUUGGACAUUUUUAUUGGAAAAAGAAAACUUUAGCUCCAACACUCCCCCGAAUCCGGGUGAAUCCGGAAGGUGGAGUCUACUUAUAAAAAAAAAAUUCUCUGCGCUGAAACGAUUUAAAAUCUAAAUUUUGCUGAUAAAUAAAUGCGAGAUUUCAAAAAUAAAA